AGGGAUCUUACGUCGCGUGUUGACGUCACCGCUGGUACCCAAGCAGUUGCAGCAGCGUGUAAAUAUGGCGAACAUCAGAAAUGUCAAGGGUAUGGUGGGUCUGGUGACAGGAGGGGCCUCUGGUUUGGGGAGAGCAACUGUGGAGCGGCUCAUCCGUCAGGGGGCCAGCGCUGUGAUCCUGGACCUGCCCAGCUCAGAUGGACACAAUCUGGCCGCUGCUCUUGGGGAGCGAUGUGCAUUUGCACCAACUGAUGUCACGUCGGAGUCAGAUGUGAGAUCGGCUGUGGAUUUGGCCAAGGAGAAGUAUGGCAAAGUGGACUUGGCGGUGAACUGUGCUGGGAUAGCUGUGGCUGUGAAAACGUACAACUUUAAAAAGGACCUUCCCCACAGCCUGGAGGAUUUCAUUCGUGUUAUCACUGUGAACAUCGCUGGGACUUUUAAUGUAAUCAGACUAGCUGUAGGGGAGAUGGGAAAAAAUGAGCCUGAUGCAGACGGACACAGAGGCUGCAUCAUCAACACAGCCAGUGUUGCUGCUUAUGAUGGGCAGGUGGGUCAGGCUGCAUACUCCGCCUCUAAGGGUGGGAUUGUGGGAAUGACACUUCCUAUUGCUCGAGACCUUGCACCAAUGGGGAUCCGCGUGGUCACCAUCGCUCCAGGUCUGUUCGCAACACCACUUCUAGCAGGAUUGCCUGAGAAAGUGCAGAGCUUCCUGGCCAGGCAGGUGCCCUUCCCGUCACGUCUGGGAGAUCCAGCUGAGUUCGCGCACCUUGUGACUGCAAUAGCAGAAAACCCCAUGAUCAACGGCGAAGUGAUACGCUUGGACGGAGCCAUUCGCAUGCAACCUUGAAGGAAAAAAGAGAAUAGAGUGGACAGACUCUAUUUGAAAUACCCCAAACUUCCCUGUGGUUGAAGAAAAUGAUACAGCAUAAAGUCAGGAUACUUUGUACCUGAGUGGAAGUGCUACCAUGUUGUUGUUUUUUUUUCUUGGAAAUCUUGUAGAUUUUUACACUCUUAAGUCUGUCUGGUAUUUAUAUACUGACUGCACUUUUGUGCCACGGAGGGAUUGUGGUCUAACUAAUGACUAAUGUGUUCAUACAAUCAAGGUUGUAGUCAUGUAAACUGAAUGUCUCUGUAUCAACAUAACUUUUUGUGUAAAAUAAAAUAUUUAAAGCACAACA